AUGCGGGGGCUGAAUGGACGGUUAGAUGAACUUUCAAGGUAUCAUUCAGGACAGAAGGAAGCGUCGGUGUUGACUAUUUGUUGGCUGGAACCACGAGGCGUCGAAUUAUUUCUGGGAUACCACGGCGGCUGGCUCACACCCGACAUCUACUUCCUAGGCCACGUGGGACGUGUGCAAGUGAAGGGAAUCGGAUUGCAGGGAUGUCGGGGAUAUAUAAAGCAGGUGAUUAUCGACUUGUGUACUACAAACGCCUCCCAUACGACCAACGCUCCAUGCGAAGCAUAUACCAUACUAGGCAAUACAAUGAGAAACCUCAAAGCCCUAUUCAAACUCAGACCUGGAUUCCGUGCCUCUGUCGACGCGGACACGUUGGGUUCUUCGCCGUUGAUGACGUUGUGUGACGUGGGACAUAUGCAUGUGAUGUUUGAGGCAGAGGUGAAGCAUGCGCGUACUGAUGCGCAGGGGACGCAAAAGGGGGAGAGGGGCAAGCGGAAUCAGAAGGCUGGAAUAGGCAAGGAGAAGGACAUACAAGACAACCAACGAACGACAAAGUUCUCUAGCAGCGCUGGAUAA